GCCGACGAGAUGCACACCAACAGCGCAGGACGACAGUCGCUGGCGUACGAGUGCUGCAUGACCGAUGACGAGUACGCCCGCGUCAAGGAGGAGAUAGACGUGCUCAACCCCCAGUACUCGCCAGACAUGCAAAGGACCAUCGACAUGCCCUUCCCGGUACACACAUACACACACACACAGAGAGAGAGAGAGAGAUAGCGAGAGAGAAAUCGCUUUGUUGCUGUGUGCAGGGCUAUUGCGAGGAGGUAGAGGGUCCUUUGGUGGAGCUAGCGGACGGCACGCUGGAGUCGGAGACGUGCGUGACGCUGAGGUCGCAGCUGGAGCCCGUCGCGCCCACAGACUGCUGCCCCUGCUGCGGGGCCGACAAAAAGGGAAGCAGUGGAGGCGGUCCAGUGAUGAUGAGGUAGAUGGGGGGAGGGGCGGGGCGGGGUGGGGUGGGCUUGUCCAUAGAAGGGCCUUCGUGUUUGAUCCAUAUGUAUAUAUCUGUGUUUAGAGGACGUAUCAUGCCUUUUUCUCUGCGUCAGCAUGUGCGUGUGUGUGUGUGUGUGUCUUUGGGUCGUCCGUCCGUUGUGAUGCCGGUCACUGCAUUCACGCACUGCAAGGCGGUGGAUGGGGUUUGAUGGUGUCGCAUCGAAUGGACGAUCAACAGACAUAAACACCUGCACCAUGGUGCAUACCAUCUCUCAUUCAAUCCCCGG